GUGCAGCUACUCAACUCAACUCAACAAUGUGCAUGAAACCUAAGCGCUUAUCCUACACAUUGACCCAUCCAUUUUGCAGCAGCUUCCUGACAUUCAGAAAGCCUGCAGCAAUCAAGGGCAUUUGUCUAUGGUGUCUGAGCUUAUGAGGAGAGAUUCUGGAGACAUGGAACAAAACUUGAUGAGGUUUCGAGCCGCUAUGUCGAUGGUUUUUUGGAUUGUCUUAUUCCCUGUGAUCCAAGGUUCGAUGGCUGUGACGGUGAAAAAUUGCAGCUAUCCUGCAGUCUACUCCUUCGGCGACUCUCUGUCUGACGUGGGAAACAGCAUUGCUGCAUUUCCGGUCCAAUUUGCGAACGCUGAGCUCCCUCCGAAUGGUAUCCUGUUUCCUACUCACGCUGCAGAUCGUUUCUGCGACGGCAAAUUGCUCAUCGACUUCCUGGCAUUUGGUGUGAGGAGGAGGCCGAUCUACCCUGUUCUGCGAGGAAUCAGCCCAGACUUCACGUAUGGAGUGAGCUUUGCGGCUUCUGGAGGGACGGCCAGGGCGAGCUCCACCUGGAAGAGAUAUGCUGGUUUCAAUUCGCCUUUCUCUCUGGACGUGCAGUUCGAGUGGCUGGAGCGCACCAAAGUUCGAUACUCAUACUACGAAAGACAAGAUCCUGUCAUUGUAGUGCAGAGCUUACCCACACUGGCCACACUGAAUUCGUCCUUAUACGUGGUUUAUGCUGGCUAUCAAGACUACUUCUUCAGCCUCUACGACUCGGUGCUCAGUCCCCGGGAGACGCUGUCGAUCGUGGGAUCCGUUGUAGACGCCGUGGUUGAGCUUGUUGAGAAUGUCAUAGAAUUCGGCGGGAUUGACCUUCUGGUGAUCAAUUUGCCUCCUCUGGGAUGCAUCCCGGCCAUGCUCACCUUGUUCCUUGAAUCCACACCCGACAGCUACGACUCUCGCGGAUGUUUAAAAGAACUCAACAAAAUCACAACAGCUCACAAUGCACAGCUGGGAGACGCGAUGAUUACCUUGCGAGCCAAGUACCCCACCGCCAACCUCUACUACGGCGACCUCCACGGCGUCUACACCGACAUCCUCUCUAGCCCCAAGAGUUACAAUAUUACGCAGCCCUUGAAGGCGUGCUGCGGAGUCGGCGGGUACUACAACUUCGACAAGAAAGUCACCUGCGGGAACACGGGAGUAAUUGGCAACGAAUUUGUGAAUCUGACUGAAACUUACUGCGCAAAUCCAGCGGGAUACUUGAGCUGGGACGGAAUCCAUACUUCUAACGCAUUGAACAAGGCCGUGGCGACGGAUUUCCUUAGCGGCAAGCAUAUCACUCCUGACGGUGGGCUCAACUGCUCCCCCGAUUUCACGUUCUGGGACGCGAGCUUCUAAAGCCGGAAUUUUCUCUUUCUGAAGCAGAAUUCCACCACAACAAUUCUAUGUAUAAUGCAAUUCCAGUCACCUUACUACGGUUUGGCACAACAUUAUCUGUUCAGUGCAAUCAAAUAUUUUGGACUUUUUGUUGGGCUAUUCUGGCCCCGUUUGCCAAUAAUAACACGAGGGCUUCUCCACAUCAAGUGAGCUUUAGCCUGUAGCUGAUUUUAAACUCAAGAUAAUGACUGUGUGAUAGAGGUAUAGGAAAAAAAAAUUAAAUUUAAUAAAAAAAGAAGUUUGAUUUCAAGGCA